UUAUUAUUGUUAUUAGUCUUGAGAUUGUAAAUGGAAAUAUGUGCGUUCACAUUUAAUUUAAUUUUUAUUAUUUAAGACCCCACAGCUUAUAGGCCAUUAACAAGGUCAUCAGUGAUACAAACACAUAGAUUGACGGAAGUGGUAACACUAAUGGUAAAAUUUGAUAAAUUAACAGCCAAUUUGGUGCCAAAUAAUCCAUACUUUGAUAAUUGGUCCUGCGAAAUAUCUAGUCCAGGAGACAUAGGCUCUUGUAAAGUUCCAACAAAAAAAGAUGUACCUGACACUAUGAGGAUGAAAGGAAAUCUUGAAUUUGGCGGAUCUACAAUUGUAGAUUUUGAUAUGACUCUUUGCGAAGCAUUUGAAAAUGAAUUCACUAAAGAUAUUCUUAGCCAUGGAAUACCAAAAGGCCAAUUCCCUACACAGUGCCCAGCUAAAGCAGGCAUGGAUUAUGAAAUAAGCAAAUAUAAAGUUCCAAAAGAAAAAUUACCACCAGGUGGUAUACCAGAUGGUGACUUUUUUGGUAACAUUCAGAUGUAUGAACCAGGCAAUGAUCCUUACGCAACUGUAUACUUUGAAGGGAAAGCAGUUCACGAGUGACCCAAACCUCUUGGAUUGAGACGUUAGUUAUUAAUUAACUUUGAUUUUGAUUUCGGUUUUUGACAACAUCUACAUGGCAAUGAUUAUAUGAUUUUUUAGUAGUAUUUGUAGUGCUUUUAUAAAAAUAAUUAUUAUGAUGAUAAUACUUGCUUAUGUAGAAUAAAUUAGU